GAACAGCCCAUCUGAUUCUGAUUUAACUGAGUUGUGUGUGGGACGGUCAGGGCGUUUGGUUUUCAUUAGAUAGUCUCGACACUGACCCCCUGCCCCAGCUGCAGAAACGCUGCCAGGCGCAGCUGAGAGGRAGAGAGCCGAGCAGUCUGCUCUGCAGAAAACCACCACAGCUGAGCCCACAACCCGACUGCUGCCGCGUGCCACGAUGGCCAAGGAGAAGUAACACCCACGGGCAUGGAUGGGAGAGCCGCCGUCGCAGACAGCUAACUUUUCCCCCGGAGGUGUGACAUGGAAACAAUGGUGUGCUGUCGGACUUCCAGAGGUUCACGCAGCGAUGCCAGGAGUUUCACUGCGAUGCUCAGCCUUCUGCUCGCAGGGAUGCAGCUAACCACAGCGUUCCCCUCCUGGAGGUUAGAGGAAGAAGCUCACACCGCUGUGCUGCUCAUCGGGAUCCGCAAAGAGGCCCGGUCCCAAAUGCUUCACCUCUCCAGGAACAAGCGCUACACUCUGACUCCAGAGCAACUCAAAUGGGACAAGUUCAACCUGACGUACAAGUUGCUCUCUUUUCCAACAAACUUGAUAAACGCCAGCGACACACAUCGAGGCAUUGCCCAGGCCUUCAGCAUGUGGAGUGACGUCUCCCCGUUCACGUUCAAAAAGGUGCCAGCCGACCAAGAGGCAGACAUUAAGAUCGGCUUCUACCCCAUCAACCACACAGACUGUCUGCAGUCCUACUUGCACCCUUGUUUUGACGGCAUCACAGGUGAACUGGCCCAUGCCUUCUUCCCCCCAACAGGCGAGAUCCACUUCGACGACCACGAGUACUGGAUUCUGGGAAACAUGCGCUACAGCUGGAAGAAAGGAGUUUGGUUGACAGAUCUAGUCCACGUGGCAGCUCACGAAAUCGGUCACGCCCUGGGACUCAUGCACUCCCUGAACCCAAAUGCCAUCAUGCACCUGAACGCAACCCUGACGGGACGCAAGCUCAUCACGCAGGAUGAGGUGUGGGGUUUGCACCGUCUCUACGGAUGUUUGGACCGGUUUUUUAUUUGUCCUGCCUGGGCUCGGAAAGGCUAUUGCGACAGCAAGCGCAAGCUGAUGCAGAAGCACUGCCCCUCCAGCUGUGAUUUCUGUUACGAGUUCCCUUUCCCAACGGUGGCGCCAACGCCGACUCCCUCAAGAACCAAACACAAGCUGGUGAUCGAAGGCAAGAAUCUGACUUUUCGCUGUGGGAAGAAAAUUGCGUCCAAGCGAGGCAAAGUUCUCUGGUACAAAGACGGGGAGCUGCUGGAGUACUCGCACCCAAACUACAUCACCUUGAAGGAUGACCAAAUCACGAUAGUGGCCAACGCCAUCAACGAAGGCACGUACACGUGCAUCGUGAAGAAGAGGGACAAAAUUCUUACCAACUACUCGUGGAGGGUACGCGUGCGCUUCUGAAGACCUCAGCAGGACGCGGGACACUAGGGCACAUAUUUGAAUUGUUUUUAAAACUCCUUCCUUGUAUUAUUCAUAUAAGAUCCUUUGCUUGUGACGGACGUUUUAAGUUAAUUUUCUAUGCAUAAAUAAUAAACGUUUGAUAAUAUUAGCAUUAGAGUGGAAACUACUUGUCUGCGAAAUGCUGCUUUUGGCAGAUGCUGUGAUGUGCAACAUCUGGCACUUGGCAGUAGAAGCCAGUGGUGUCAUGCAGCAAGUGAGGGGUGCUGAGAUGAUUUCAGAACUGAAAUCUCAUUUAAAGAUGAUUGCUAACAGCAGUAUGGUCUAAGUUAGUUGUAAGAUAUAUAAAAAUAUGUCAUAAAUACUUUUAUACGUUGUUCA